UUUUUGGCGCUGUUUUAAAUAUGAAUGAUCCGUACCAACUAGCUCACAACCAAACCCUUCCGAGUAACCAAACUCUGCCGCCCAUUUGUACUGCCGCGCGCGUGACGGUGCUUAACGGCCUGUGAGAAAGACUCACGCAGCGUCAGUGUCGAGGCUGAAAGCGUCCGAGUCAUCACACGGUGCGCUGCUGUGUAAACGCAGCUUCACAUUCAUUUGCCCGCACUCCUUCAAGCACUCAUGUCUACACUCCAGACUACUCGCUUUUAAUUCAGCGGGAAAAAGAGAAGAAUGAGAGAGGGCGGCACUAUUAUAAUGUGUGCUCGUCGGUCCGCUUCGCCAAGUACCGCAGUCUGUUUAAACAAGCUGCAUAAAUAUUCAGAACUUCCCCGUUUGCUCAUGGAGUCUCAUAGUGUACACUGGGCACACAUCGGCAGACAUCUAUGUACCGUUGCGGCUGCUUAUCGCUGUGAGAGGGUCCGAUUGCGAGAGGGCGACGGUCGCUGAUAGCUCGCGCCCGCGCAGCCGAGCAACACGUCGGGCUCGACGUGCUUCGUUACGGGACUCGCUUCGCGUGCGCGGCGGUGGAGGGCGACCCGGUGCAAGAGGCACGGCGAGACUCGGCUGAGGAGCGCGUCUGCCCAUGGGUGCCUCCGGAAGUUCGACGAGCGUCGUCGACCAGCCCAGCGCGACGGCGAACGGCUCGCUCCCUCAGUGCGAGAAGAAAGCGACGACGCAGCAGCAGCCUCCCAAGCCCGAGGUGUCCAAAGCCGUGAGGGACUCAGUCCAGAAGUCCAUCGCCGCGUCCAGCUCCCUGCUCGGCGCAGGAGCCAAUGGCGUCCUCUGCAACGGGGUCGUCAGCGGCGGCAGCAGUGCCAAGAGCUACCAGAGGAUUCGAUGGUCCCGCAACAGUCUCCUGGCGAGGGCCAAGCUCGCCUCGGCCGUGGGGCGCGCUCAGAUGCACUGUCGGCGCUGCGAGCAUCGCUGGACGGACGACGGCGUCGAGGUGUUCUUCGACCUGGGCAGGCUCGGGGUCCCCAGGGUUGUGCGAAAGCAGUGCUUCAACUGCGGACACCUGGUGGUGCCGUCUUUCUCCUGCCUCGAGUGGGACCGGCUCGCCAGCGAGGCGCUCGGCAAGUGGUCCAGGAAGGCGCUCGAGGCCCACCUCAAGCAGAGCCGCACCGCCGGGGCACCGGUGCCCAUUCCCGAACACUGUUCCGUGCCCGUGCCGGACCCGGUGACUAAGGGCAUGGUCGUCAUAAACGUGGACGUCGUCAACAACAACUCUCCGCGCUGACGAGACUCGCAUUAUGGCGCGUCGUUGAUUUCAGUGCCGCACUGGCGAAGUUUCGUGCGUGCUCGUCGACGGUUGGGAGUGUCACGUUACCAUCCGUCCUAUCUAUGGUGGGCACACGUGCACUGUGGAUGCUCGACGGUGGCCCGAUCAUUGCGUCAAGACGCUGCCUUCAUCGACGUUUGGUAAUCGACAACGGCCCGUCUCCACAAUGUGUAGAUGCACGUAUACAUUACGCGUAUGUUCUUGCGAGUGUACGCGCCUCGCUUCACCGCGAUUCAUUACUCUAAGAGGGUUAGCUUAGAGCCGUCCCAUCAAAGCCAACUUAGCAACGUGAUGCCCGAGGACUUUCCGCUCCCAUUUAGCUUUGUCGCAUAGCGUGUGAAUGAGCUGUUGGUUGUAUAACAUCACCGCGAACACGAUUACUGUAGGAACGGUCAUACGUGAAAAUCACUGCCAAGGUUGUGCUGCUGCGAUCUUGCUCCGUAUUUGAAAUUUGAGUGAAAUUUUCUUAUCUAGUCAUGCUACGUAAAAGGCCAGCGCUCGCUGUACUCUUUCUUUUUUUUAGGGCGUCGCUUAUCUGCAGUGCACAAUGGUUAUCUUUUCUGCAAACAAAGCAAAGUUGUUCGUUUUCUUUUAGUCGCGCAGAGACCGGCGCCAAGUAGCACUCUGUCGCUGCAGACAGACACGUACACCCGUCGUCAAAAGCUUACAGCCCAACCGUGGCUCUUAGCUGUGUAGUGGGUCUGCAAUUGCAUCCGUUGCACUUUAGAGCUUUAACGAGUAAGCAGGGCUUUCAAGCAUUCUUAUUUUGUCUAAAGGUUAUCACUAUAACCUUCACAAUACUGCGCAUUUUCCAGAUUUAGAGCUUGUAACUAUGCAACCGAUUUGAAUAAUCUCAGCAACCCUGCAUGAUUUGCCAUUUUUGUCAUUUUUUCUGUAAGCGUGAAGGUAAAGUUGCUUGUAAUAAAGCUUAUAGAGCAAUUUAUAGAUUAUUGCUAUGAACCAUUAUUAAAAUGUGAAUGACAUGAGUGGCGUCCUCUUAAUAGUUUCCAUGUAAUUGCUGUAGUCUGUUGUAAUUAUUUUUUAAUCAGAUCGGUGUUACCAUUAGACAUGAGAAACAAACAUCAAGACGAGCAUGAGUAGCACCCUUAUAGAAAGCUUUAGUUCGAUGGCGACUCGGAUUGCCAACUUGCUAUGCGCGUAAAGACCAGAAAUUGUACUGUUAGAGAGCAGGUGAAAAGUUUCGAAUAAGAUUGCUUGCAUCCAAGUCGAAAAGCUGGACCCUAUCGACGGCUGGAUGCAGACUUUUGAGUUAGGGAUUUAUGUACCAAAAUUGACGAUACCCUUACAAAUACGUAACUCUUAAAAAAAGAAAAAGAAAAAGGCCAACAUUUAUGUAAACUGCAUCUGUUCGAUGACUUGAAAUAGAUAAACGAGUUGACAGAAUAUGAAUAUACACAUCUGCAGCUUACGUAAAAUUUUUACGCUGUCUACUAUGAUUUUACAGAAGUUAUACGUAUAAAUGAGUGGAAUAUUUCAAAGUGGUACAUGAUACGUCAGUUUUGUCCAUUCUUAGUGCUUCAAGAGGUACAGUUUACGUAAUAAAGUUAUUGUUUCUUCUUU